AUGAAAAUCCAUCAAGAGAACAUAAAAAAACUCCAAUUAUGCGGUUUUAGCAAAACAAAAUCAACGCAGGCGCUGAAAGACGCCGGCAACAACUUUGAUGUUGCACUGAGAAUACUGAAACAGCAGCAGGAACGGCAGAAGCCGCCGCCGUCGCCCAACGCGCCGCCGGUAACGCAGGUGGGACCCGAUUCAGGUGCUCGCGAGGAUGAAGCUGACGACAGUCCUCCAAGGGAGAAAAGGCACCCUUGUAUUGUGCAGUACAAGCACUGCCGCUACGGGGAAUUCUGCCUCCUGCGAGACUACCCCGGCGAUGUCUGCAUCAGCCAUUUCUUCGGGUGUUGUGCAUUCGGCAGUGCUUGCAAGAAGCGGCACUACGUGGAUGGAGAGGAUAUACGCGCGGCCCAACUUCCUAAGGUGCAGGACGGGAUGAUGCGGCUUCAGACAGGUGUUAUCCUCAAGCUGGACAAGGUCAGUGGGAAUCAUCUGCUCGUCGGAACGCCCGUGGAGCGUGACACGGAAGCCACUGCAGACGCUGCGUGGUUGAUGGGGCCCCCGCCGCCCAACCACUUCAAUCUCAUUCGGGGAUCCGAGCCAACGCACACGGAUCCCUGCCCAUUGGUGUGGAAGCGGCAGUCAACAUUAUCUGCAGCGACCGUGCAGGUGCCGCAUCCGUUUUUGGAGGCAGUGCAAAAGCCCCCACCGCCAGAACCGUAUAAAACACUAGUCCCGCCAAUGUCGCCAGAGAGGGUCCAAAAUCCUCCAGCCCACUUAGGGUCCGUCCCCCAACCACUCACGAAGAAGCAUCCUUGCAUUUUGCAGUUUGGUUCAUGCAAGUAUGGGAAAAAAUGUAUUCAUAUGGAUAGAGACGAGGAUGUGUGUAUCUACUUUCUGAAUAGGGGUUGUAAUAAGGGGGAAGCUUGCCCCUACCGCCAUGAGACCAACGCAGAGUUUCUUUGGCGCCUCAAGCCGCAACUGUUUGGAAAUGCCUCUUCUGGAGAAGCAACCUCGCAUGGUGCCGUCAUUAAACCCGUGGAGCCGAUGCAUGGAAUAUAUGGCGAUUCAUUGGAAAUACAGCAGCAGCAACAACAACAGCAACAAAGAGUGUCGACAUGUGAAGAGAGGCAGACAGUGUAUCUGUCGAGUUUUCUUCCCGAGUUGGGGUCUGACGAUGAUGCGUUUUGCGGAGGUGAUGAGCCUCAGAGGCUGCAGCAAGACAACGAUGGAGUCUUGGGCGACUGUGAGCUGAAUGCACUGAUGUCUCUGCUUGGGGCAUUCCCGGGUGCUGAGCCAAGUCUUUUGCUACAUGCCCUUCGCUCCAGCAAUGGGGAUGUUAAUCUUGUGGCAGACACGGUGAGUAAGUUGGACGGCUUUGAUAACGUCGAGGAAGUUGAGGCGUAUCUUUCGCGGGAGCGUGCCGAAGAUGAGGCCUCGCUGCAGCAGACGCGGACACAGUCCAGGCAGGAAUCUCUCCUCACCCUGUGUGCCUUGUUCCCCGCCCUGGAUGUCCCCGCUGUUGAGUCCGUCCUGGGUGCCUGUGGUGGGGACUACGCAGAGGCGUACGGCAUACUUCUCUGCUCGACGGAAAACAUCACGCGACAGGACUUGGGGAAUUUCUGGAACGGGAAAAUUAAGCCCUCGGACGAGUUGCGGCUGCAGCGGGUGUGUCAAAUGUUUCCCUCUGUGCCGAAAGAGGUGGUGCGCAGCACGUUUGGUGCGGCCAGCGGGAACGCGGAGGAGACCAUCUCCGCGCUUAACGCGAUGGCGCGGGAUAUGUUGAGUCUGGAGAUGGAAGCGGAGGUAGGGGCUUCUGCGCCUGCUGCAGCACCCGCACAGCCUGCCGCUGGGGUGCUGCAGUCCUACUUCCUGCAGCCAUGUGCGACACCCGAGGAGAUACAGAAGUUCUACGAGGAGGUGGAGGACGAACUCCGCAUGUUGGGGGACUGGCGGCGUGUACGUGAGAAGGCGUACAUCAUCAACUCCUGUCGUAUCCGGAUCAUGAGCCGGGCGACGCAGGCGUAUAAUCGUGGGGACGGCAAGACAGCAAAGACGCUAAGCCGCCAUGGCAAGCAGCUCGCUGCAGAUUACGUCCGCCUGAACCGCCUUGCGAUGAUCGCGCUUGAGCGGGAACGGCUUGCACAGGACCCUGCAUCAACGCUGGACCUCCACGGGUUUCACGUGGACGAGGCUGUAGAGGUGCUACGGCGUCGUGUGGAGCUGUGCGUGCGGAAACGCAUCCGGAAGCUCACAAUUGUGGUGGGCAGUGGGCGACACAGCCGUCGCGGCAACUCCGCCAUGUACCCCAUCAUCCUUAAACAGCUGGAGGAGGACCCGGAGCUUAAAGGCGUCGUGGAGGUCCGAUUGGUUAAGCCGGCCUACUUCGAGGUUGGCAUCAUAUUGCGUAAUCGAUAG